AAGUAAAAGAUUAAUAAAUAAGUAAGCUAAAAAUGUAUCAUGCGGCAGGCUUUCUUUUUCUAGAUUUUUUUGAAAACACUAUCAGUUGGAUUUAGGGAAGGGUGCGGGUGGUUCAGUUCUGGUCAGUCUGAGUCAGUUGACAGCAAGCUAGCCUGGUCUGCUUAAGUGCAUAUUGCGCCCUCUGGUGGAUUUAUAUACGAAAAGAGGACAAGCGCGAGAAAUUUGGGAGUAUCAAAAAGCAAAUACAGCGGCCUCUGGAGAAUUUCAAAAACAAAAUCUGCAAACAGACAAACCUUCAGUGAUGUAUUUCCCUUAAAUGUUGACCUGGGGACGUAUCCGCCUGGGUUGUAAAAAAAGAAGUAAAGCCAUAAGGAGUUAAGCAAUUGGCGGUACCACCUCAUAGCAUUCAUUUUACACAGAAAAUGCACACUGUAAGCCCAUACAGCUUGAUUGAACUUAAAAAAAUGAUGGAAACUCGUUGUCCUAAUCACUUUUCCUUGCUCAUUGUUCCUUUAACAACAGACUACAAUAAGCUCUGUACAUUCAGUUUAAACAUACCAAUAGAAUAAAAAUAACAUGCAAAUCACACAACAAACUAAACUAAUUUUGAAUAAAUACACCUUUGCAGCCAUAUGUGCCAUUUCGCUUGGAAAAAGAUUCACUUCACAUUAGGUUGGAAACCUGGCUAGAUGUUAAAGCAUCCAGUUCUAAAUCUUAGAUCUUCUAGAGUCAUUCCUCCAAGUCUGUUUACCCUUUACCUCUUCCCCAAAUCAUGUCAUAUUCUACAUCCUGUUGGUUUUAUUAGUGUUAUCUUUACGGCAGCUCGCAGGUCAGACGAACAACUCAGGCAGAAUCAGUCAGCAUGUUCUACUUAAAGAGUUCUUUAUCUCAGCAACAGCUUCUCUGCCAGCCAGUCUGCCUGUCUGCCUACUUAAAAAAAAAACAAGACUACCAUUUUCAGUGUUCUUUACCUGUUGGUCUGCUGCCAGGUGAGAGGAGGAGGGGCCGCCCCGUUUACCUGUGCAAAAAUCAAACAAUAGUCCACACCUCUGAUUGGCCUGGGAGACUCAGCUCCUCCCUCAGUUACCCGUUGUAAUUCAACACCUGACAGAUUCUGCUAGUGCUUGAAUUAGUCUUGUUCACACAGUCUCAGAAACCCGUGCGUCUGUCCCCAGAGACACUCGCACUUCUGUCCCAGCUAAGGGGAACUCAGAUAGAGUAACGCAGCCUGAUAUAUGGAUUAGCCACUCGCUGUACACUUGCAGUUGCAUUUCUGUUCAGUUCAGGACUUGGAUUCUCUAGUUUGCCAUUUUUUUUUCUUCUGAGGAUAUCCUAAAGUCAUAGUCUAACUUCAUUUGGAUGGUUUUCAUCACAUGGGUCUCACUAAAUGGUAGCGUGAGUGUGUAGUCAUCCAGCAGGAGUUUCGGGAACCCCUGCGGUGAGUGCCAUCUUCAAAUCAUGGUGCCACAAACCCGACAGGGCUCCGCUCGCCACGGUGCCACGUCCCUACUGCUGCUGCUCUGCCUGGCGGUGCCAAUCCACGCAGACAGUAUGCCCAGUUUCGUUAAGACUCCUGAAGAUCAGACAGGGAUUUCAGGAGGGGUGGCAUCAUUCGUGUGCCAGGCGGUCGGAGAACCCAAACCUCGCAUUACCUGGAUGAAGAAGGGCAAGAAAGUCAGCUCUCAGCGCUUCGAGGUAAUAGAGUUUGAUGACGGCUCAGGCUCUGUGCUUCGGAUCCAGCCAUUACGGACACAUCGAGAUGAGGCGAUUUACGAGUGCACAGCUACCAACAGUGUUGGAGAAAUUAACACUAGUGCAAAACUCACUGUAUUAGAAGAGGACCAGAUCCCUCAUGGUUUCCCCACUAUAGACAUGGGUCCCCAGCUGAAAGUGGUUGAACGGACGCGGACGGCCACCAUGCUCUGUGCCGCCAGCGGAAACCCAGACCCGGAGAUCUCCUGGUUCAAAGACUUUCUGCCUGUCGACAUCAACAGCAGCAACGGACGAAUCAAGCAGCUCCGUUCAGGUGGUACACCAAUCAGAGGAGCGCUGCAGAUCGAGAACAGCGAGGAAUCAGACCAGGGCAAGUAUGAAUGUGUGGCGGUGAACAGCGCGGGAACUCGAUACUCGGCUCCUGCAAACCUCUACGUCAGAGACCAGCGGGAAGUCCGACGGGUUCCCCCACGUUUUUCAAUCCCUCCAACCAAUCACGAGGUGAUGCCGGGUGGCAGUGUGAACCUCACCUGCGUGGCAGUGGGCGCUCCAAUGCCCUAUGUGAAGUGGAUGAAGGGCGAACAGGAGCUGACCAAAGAAGAGGAGAUGCCCAUCGGCCGAAAUGUGCUGGAGCUCACCAACAUCCGCCAGUCGGGGAACUACACCUGCGUGGCCAUAUCAUCACUGGGCAUGAUCGACACCACAGCGCAGAUCACUGUUAAAGCUCUUCCUCGUCCUCCAGCCUCUCUGAUUGUCACUGAAACCACCGCCACCAGUGUGACUUUAACAUGGGAUUCUGGCAACCCAGAACCCGUAUCAUAUUACGUGAUCCAGUAUCGAUCCAAAAUCUCUGACAAUGGUUUCCAGGAGGUGGACGGCGUGGCAUCCACCCGCUACAGCAUCGGCGGGUUGAGUCCGUACUCAGAGUAUGAGUUUCGAGUAAUGGCGGUCAAUAACAUUGGUCGCGGGCCGCCCAGCGGGAUGGUGGAGACUCGUACCAGUGAACAGGCACCGUCAUCUCCUCCGCUGCGCGUUCAAGCCCGGAUGUUGAGCGCUACGACUAUGCUGGUGCAAUGGGAACCUCCUGAAGAGCCCAACGGACAGAUUCGAGGAUAUCGAGUGUACUACACGUCUGACCUGCACUUCCCGCUCAGCACAUGGCAGAAGCACAACACUGAGGACAGCAGUCUGACCACCAUCUCCGGCCUGGUUCCUGACAUCACGUAUGGGCUCCGUGUGCUGGCCUUCACCUCUGUUGGAGAUGGACCACCUUCCGAUAUACUGCAGGUUAAAACACAGCAAGGAGUCCCUGCUCAGCCGACUGGUUUUGAAGCUGAAGCCGAGUUGGACACGCGGAUCAUGCUGUCAUGGUUGUGGCCCGUCCAAGAUCAGAUCACCAAAUAUGAGCUCACAUACUGGGAGGCUGACUCUGACAACAAGCAUCAUGUCAUCUUUGACCCGGCCGGUUCAUAUGCUAUUGACAGCCUAAAGCCAGACACUCUCUAUAAAUUCUCUCUGGCGGCGCGCUCUGAGAUGGGGCUCGGGGUUUACACACAGCCUAUCGAGGCCCGCACAGCCCAGUCCGCCCCGUCCGCUCCCCCACAAGAGGUGCACCUGAUCAGCCUGAGCUCCAGCAGCAUCAAGGUGAGUUGGGUGGCCCCUCCGGCCGCCAGCCGGCACGGCAGCAUCGUCCGCUACUCUCUGGCCUAUCAGGCAGUGUCUGGCGAGGACCAGGAGCGCCACGAGGUCAAAGACAUCCCUGCUGAUGUGUCCAGCUAUGUUCUGGAGGGUCUGGAGAAAUGGACUGAGUAUACGGUGUGGGUCAAAGCGCACACAGAUGUGGGUCCCGGGCCAGAAAGUGGCAGCACCCGCAUCAGAACCCAAGAGGAUGUGCCUGGUGCUCCUCCACGCAGGGUUGAGGUGGACAACAUCAACUCCACUGCACUGCGUGUGUCCUGGAAGCCGCCUCUGCAGCAGAAACAACACGGCCACAUACGUGGAUAUCAGGUGGUUUACUCACGCCUGGAGAAUGGAGAGCCGCGCGGACAGCCCAUCAUUCUGGACGUGGCGCUGCCAGAGGCACAGGAGGCCGUGAUCAGUGGUCUUCUCCCUGAAACCACAUAUUCAGUGACUGUAGCCGCGUACACCACUAAAGGAGAUGGAGCGCGGAGCAAAGCCAAAGUGGUGACCACAACAGGAGCAGUUCCAGGAAAGCCCACUAUGAUCAUCAGCACCACCAUAGGCAACACGGCUCUGAUCCAGUGGCAGCCGCCUAAAGAGAUGGUGGGAGAGCUGAUGGGCUACAGACUCCGCUAUAAGCGUGAAGAAGAGGAUAUUUACACUGUCCGAGACUUCAGACGCACUGAUGACCACUUCACUGUCACCGGCCUGCACAAGGGCGCGACGUACAUCUUCAAACUCUGCGCUAAAAACCGCGCCGGGAAUGGAGAGGAGUACAGCAAAGAGAUCAGCACCCCGGAGGAUGUGCCCAGCAGUUACCCACAAAACCUCAAAGUCGUUGGAUUGACCACAACCACCACAAAACUAGCCUGGGAUCCUCCGCCGCUGCCCGAGAGGAAUGGGAAGAUCGUACGAUAUGUGGUGGUUUAUCGAGACAUUAACAGCCAUCAGAAUCAGACCAACGGCACAGCGGACACGGAGAUGACCAUUCAGGGCCUGAAGCCGGACACCACCUAUGAUAUCAGGGUGAGGGCGUUUACAGGGAAAGGUGGAGGUCCCAUCAGCCCCAGCAUCCAGAGCAGAACCAUGUCUACCUCCAUGCCUGAGUUCACGAAAAACUUUGGUGUGAAAGCCGUGAUGAAGACCUCUGUCCUGCUCACAUGGGAGGUGCCAGAAACAUACAAGUCUCAAGUGCCUUUCAAGAUCCUGUAUAACCAGCAGAGUGUGGAGGUCCAGGGUGACCUGAAGAGGAAGCUGAUUACGCGUCUGCAGCCGGACACUGAUUACUCCUUUGUCCUGAUGAGUCGGGGGAACAGCGCUGGCGGACUGCAGCAGCAGGUCUCCAUCCGCACCGCUCCAGACCUGUUCACUACCAAACCAGCACACCAGAAACUAGACCCAGAGGAGGGCGGCAAACUCGCCAUCACACUGCCCGAAGUGCACAACAGCGCCCUCGUCAGGUGGUUUUAUAUCGUGGUUGUACCAGUAACUCCUUCAACUCUCCGCCAUUGGGAAAACCCAGAAGAUAUUGAUCUGGAUGAGCUGAUGGGGAAUAAUAGAGACGCAGCUGUGAGGAGGAGGAGAAGACAAACUCAGGACUUUCUGCGGCCUUACAUUGCUGCCAAGCUGGAGUCUCUUCCAGAAAGAUUUGUGUUGGGAGAUGAGAAAACCUACAGCAACUACUACAACAAACCUCUGCCGGGACAGCAGCAGUAUCGCACAUUUAUACUGGCGGCACUGAAAGACAGAGACUCGACGUUCACAGUGAGUCCGUUCUCUGAGCCCAUGAUGGUGAAGCUCCACAGCGGGAUGUCCCGUCACGUGGAGGACCCGGAGAUGCUGUGGGUGAUGGGACCAGUGUUAGCCGUGGUCCUCAUCAUCAUCAUCGUCAUCGCCAUCCUCCUCUUCAAGAGCAAACAGGAGAGGAAGCGCACGUCUCCCUCAGCUAAAGAUGAGCACUCAGCUGGAGUUAAAGAUCACCUGCUGGCUCAUUCGUCAGAUCCAGUGGAGAUGAGGAGGCUCAACUACCAGACACAAGGUUCCAGUGCCUUCAACUGUCCCAGCACUUCAAGAAUGCGGGAACACCCUCCAGUGUCUGUGUGUGCUUUGGCUGACCACAUCGAGCGGCUGAGAGCCAACGACAGCCUCCGCUUCUCGCAGGAGUAUGAGUCUGUUGACCCUGGCCAGCAGUUCACCUGGGAAAACUCCAACUUAGAGGUCAACAAGCCCAAGAACCGCUACGCAAACGUCAUCGCUUACGAUCACUCCAGGGUUGUGCUGACUCCUGUGGAUGGUGUUCCCGGAAGUGACUACAUCAAUGGAAACUACAUUGAUGGCUACCGUAAGCAGAACGCCUACAUCGCCACGCAGGGUCCGCUGCCUGAGACGCUCAGUGACUUCUGGAGGAUGGUGUGGGAACAGAGAACCAGCACUAUCGUCAUGAUGACCCGACUGGAGGAGAAGAGCAGGGUGAAGUGUGAUCAGUACUGGCCAAGCCGAGGAACAGAGACUUACGGGAUGAUUCAAGUGUCCAUGCUGGAUACGGUGGAGCUGGCCACAUACAGCGUCAGAACCUUCGCUCUCUACAAGAAUGGAUCCAGCGAGAAACGGGAGGUUCGGCAGUUCCAGUUCAUGGCGUGGCCGGAUCACGGUGUUCCCGAAUAUCCCACACCCAUUUUAGCCUUCUUACGCAGGGUCAAAGCCUGCAACCCACCUGACGCGGGACCCAUGGUGGUGCACUGCAGCGCUGGCGUGGGUCGGACGGGCUGUUUCAUCGUAAUAGACGCCAUGCUGGAGCGGAUGAAGCACGAGAAGUCGGUGGACAUCUACGGUCACGUGACCUGCAUGCGUUCUCAGAGGAACUACAUGGUGCAGACAGAGGAUCAGUACAUUUUCAUUCACGAGGCCCUGCUGGAGGCUGCCACCUGCGGGAACACAGAGGUGCCGGCGCGGAGCCUCUACACACACAUCCAGAAACUCACACAGGCGCCGCCUGGAGACACCGUCACCGCCAUGGAGCUCGAAUUUAAGAAACUGGCCAACUCUAAAGCACACACCUCCAGAUUCAUCAGCGCUAGUCUGCCCUGCAACAAAUUCAAGAACCGGCUGGUGAACAUCAUGCCUUUCGAGUCCAGCCGUGUUUGUCUGCAGCCAAUCAGAGGCGUGGAGGGCUCCGACUACAUCAACGCCAGCUUCAUCGACGGAUACAGGCAGCAGAAGGCAUAUAUCGCCACUCAAGGCCCGCUGUCUGAAACCACAGAGGACUUCUGGAGGAUGCUUUGGGAGCACAACUCCACCAUCGUGGUGAUGCUGACGAAGCUUAGAGAGAUGGGACGGGAGAAAUGUCAUCAGUACUGGCCUGCAGAGAGAUCUGCGCGCUACCAGUAUUUCGUUGUGGAUCCUAUGGCUGAAUAUAACAUGCCACAGUACAUCUUACGGGAGUUUAAAGUCACAGACGCCAGAGAUGGCCAGUCUCGGACUAUCCGACAGUUUCAGUUCACAGAUUGGCCGGAACAAGGUGUGCCAAAGACAGGAGAGGGCUUUAUUGAUUUUAUUGGUCAAGUCCACAAAACCAAGGAGCAGUUUGGACAGGACGGACCAAUUACUGUUCACUGCAGUGCCGGUGUGGGCAGAACAGGCGUCUUCAUCACUUUAAGUAUUGUUCUGGAGCGGAUGAGGUAUGAAGGAGUGGUGGACAUGUUCCAGACCAUAAAAACACUCCGCACGCAGAGACCUGCCAUGGUACAGACCGAGGACCAGUACCAGCUGUGCUACAGAGCAGCUCUGGAGUACCUGGGCAGCUUCGAUCACUAUGCAACGUAACCACUCCCAGAAUGCCUCAGCACGUCACUUCCGGAGGGCCGCCGCUUAUUUCUGAGCCAUAGUCAUUCUACCUGUUCGAUCACACUGCUAGAGAGAGAAAGAGAGAGAGAGACAGACAGAAUGAGAAUAUAUCAGAGGAGAGAAGACAUCACAGGACAUCUUCACUGGAACUUCUCUGCAAUCCUGUUUGGUCCUCUCUCUGGAAACAUACAACCACAAAAGCAGCUUCAUUCUGCUCUCUGAUGCACAGCUCUCUAUUACUGCUUCAUCAUCAUGAUCUUUUCUUCCAUAUCGAUGCUUGUUUUUAUCAUUAUUAUUAUCAUCAUUAUUUUUAUUGUAUCAUCAUUAUGAUUGGUAUAUUUGUCAGAAAAUACAAUAUUUGUAUCAUUUAUGCUGAUCGUUGCAUAUCUAUGGGGGUCUUAUUUUUCUUAUAUUAUCAUUUUUGGUAUUUUAUUUUUAGCACAUACAUGUGGACAUGUAUUUUCACAUGACCCAGGUUACUAAUACUGUAUUAAGGGUGUAUUAAGAGCUGCUGAUGAUUUCUUACUUUGUAUCAUUGUUAUAUUUUAAUGAUCUACUUUUAUUUAGUGGGAAAGGGGAACUUUUAUAGAUAAAUAACACACACAAAAAAACAACCUUUUCACCUCCUGGUACUUUAUAAAACAGUAUAAUCGUGAUUAAAAAGAGGAGGUGAAAAGCUUACCUGAGUUAGUGACCUUAAUGAACCUGCUGUCUUUAAGGACACUGAAUAAACCAAUGAAACGAGAGAGCGCAGAGCCGUUCUGCUCUGAAUAGCAGCGGUUUUCUGGAAACUCUCCAUUCUGGAGGGAAAUAAAGACUAGAGAAAUGCAUUCCUGCUGCCGCAGCAGAGUCUUUAUUCCAUGCAGGUUCAGCAGAGGUGAAAGGUCAGCUCAGGCCUCGACCUGCACUCACAUGUACAGCCGUCCGGUACCUCCAGCAGACCCUUGCCAUCCGUCAAAUGGGAAAUGGAAAUAAAAAAAAUAACAGACAACUCACUUCACCGGCAGAGGAUCCAACAAAAAAAAAAUCUCUCCCAUGUGGUGUCAACAGCCAUCCAAUCAUUUCUCACUGUGGCUCGUGAAGACAAAUCUCCCAAAACUGCAUCUCUGGACUGAAAAUAUGUGCGUACUCAAGUGUUUCUCUCCUCCUAUGGCACAAAGCAAGAUGAGAAAUGCGGACAUGGGAAGAAUUCAUUUCACUUUGUGUUCACAAAAAUAUCCAAUCUGUUGUACAGGCAGUCUGUUUUCUAUUUGUUAAUAAAAACAGGAGAGGAAUAUGUGUUAAUAAAAUGCUUAAUUGAGUUUUG